AUGGGCGGCGGGGCUGGCCAAUGGGGGCGGGCGGGUGAUGAUCGACGGUGGCGGCUGCCAAUCAGCGCGCGGACGGGGCGGCGGGGCUGGCCAAUGGGGGCGGGCGGGGGCGGGAGGCUGAUGAUCGACGGUGGCGGCUACCAAUCAGCGCGCGGAUGGGGCGGGCGGGGGCGGGAGGGUGAUGAUCGACGGUGGCGACUGCCAAUCAGCGCGCGGAUGGGCGGCGGGGCUGGCCAAUGGGGAGUGGGCGGGGGCGGGACAUGGGACGGGAGGGUGAUGAUCGACGGUGGCGGCUGCCAAUCGGCGCGCGGAUGGGCGGCGGGGCUGGCCAAUGGGGAGCGGGCGGGGGCGGAAGAUGAGGUUGGCGGUUGGAGCGGGUCGCGCGCGGGAGCGAGCAGCGUCGGGCCGGCGGUUGGAGCGGGAAGGCGGGAGCGGCCGGCAGUUGGCGCGUCGUUGCAUCGGAUCGGCGGUGUCGGGGACACGGGUGGCGGCGGCGGGAAAUCGAGCGGAGGAUCGUCGGCGGCCAUUGUGAGUCGGGGGAGCGGCGGGUACGCGGGGUAA